AUGCCUUCGACAGAAAGUCAAUCAGAUGCCGCUCAGCGCAUCAAGCGAUUCAUGGAACUUGUUCCCAUCAAACCCGGCAAUCGCGUUCUAGACCUCGCCUGUGGAACUGGCCUGGAGGCUGUCAUUGCAGCAAGACACAUCGGCGAUGACGGGAUUGUCGUUGGUGUCGAUAUAACUGAAGCGAUGCUCUCGGAAGCACGCAAGAAGCUGGAUCACGACGAAGCAUUGGAUCGCCGCUUGAGACUUGUACGACACAGCGUCACUGACUUGACUGGUUGCCCAAAUGCCGACAGGGGCAGCUUCGAUCUCAUUCUAUGCUCAAACGCCUUUGUUCUGUUCAAAAACCCAAAGGAAGUUGUCGCCCAUUGGCGGGAGUAUCUCAAGCUAGGCGGCAGAGUUGCGAUCGAUAUCACUCAUGAGUAUAACCUUCGCUCAGGCCUGCUAUUAGAGAACGUCGCUCGCCGAUUGGGCAUGCCAUUCCCCUCCAACCGAACCUGGAUCAAGUCUAAAGAGUCUUUUAGUGAGAUACUGGAAAGUUGUGGUUUCGUUGUCGAAAGGGUUGGGACUUUGGAAAAGAUUGUUGGACUUGGCUCAACGUAUCUCGGUCUUGACAAGGCAGAUGAGCAGUUUGACUACGUUGUCAAUGGCCCUCUGACUGCCUCAAUCGUAACGGAAGAGUUGAGAGUUAAAGGGAGGGAAUAUUUUAAGGAAGAGUGGCACAAUGCUGCAGAUGAUGGCAAGGUCGAAGUAUCUGAUAUUUUCUACGUCUAUAUCGCCAGGAAGGUUUGA